AUGAAAGGGCCGAGGCCCGCUGCACAGACAGUGGUCUUUGCGAGGCCAAGGCCUAGCCCCCCGUGGCCAGAGGCCGGGUCUCCGACCGCCGGCCGGCCCAGCCGCUCCUUCACGCCUGUCGAGCAAAAGGAGCGUGGGAGGCGGCAGAAGCGCGGUGUAGGAGGUCCUCGGCCCGCAGGGCUCCCGGCACAGCCCGCGACUCCGCGGGACGCCCGAGCGCUCGACCGGUUUGGCGGGCGCGGGGGAGGCCUCGGCGGCGCAGACCCCGGCCCGCUCCCCACCUCGGGCGCGCCCUGCCCCACUCACCCACUCCCCGACGCCCGCGGCGAGGCCCGGCCGUCCGCGGGGCGGCGACGCGCGCGGGCGGAAGUGCGCCGCCGGCCGAGCCCGCGCCCCGCCGCUCUAGGAGGCGCCGGAGGUCCGCGCUCGGUGGUUCUCCGCGGAGCGCGACCCCGGCGUGAGGCUGGGCGGCCGGUCCAGCGGUCCGCUCUGUCCCGCGGCGAGUGGGAGGCCCCUGUGAGGGCUGCGGUAUCCCGAGCGUCGCUGAUGUGUCCACUUGCUGAGCGGAGCGCACAGCAUCGCCUCAGGGACGCACUGGGUGAGGAGCCCCGGAGGAAACUGCACGUGGCCCAAGUGGAAAAACUCAUCCCGGUCAAACUCCAGCUUUCAAAACUUCACGCUCUUGUGUAG